UUGUUUGAAAACUUCAUCAAAUGUUUGAAACAUAAUAAAAUAUUGCGAUAAAAUUGUGAACUCGAUCUUAGAAAAAAGGAAAAUUGAAGAUAAAAAAGAAGAAAUGGAACUUCCAACAAUACCGAAAAAAACGAAAAGGAAUAGUGUCGACGAAAUUGUUUAUAAUUCUCGCGUAAAGAUGACAAUUCCAGAAAAGAAAGAAGAAAAGGCUCUCGUUUUAAUGAAAAUAAAGAAGGAAAAAUUAAUGACGAUUUGUAAAAACGAAGUUCCGUUUAAUUAUCAAAAGGGAUCUCAUUCUAAAGAAGCUGGUACAAAGAAUGAGAUCAUUAACUAUUGA